CAAACCAUCACUUCUAAGUUCUAAGAGUUCACUAGCUACCCUGAUUUUCUCUUUCUCUUUCUCUCUCUAAAACAUUUGUGGUUUCUCUUUCUAAAAGUUUAGAAAAUGGGAAAGGACAUAGAAGUAGGAGGAGAUCACAGAAGAGAGUUAGCAAAAGACUAUCAAGACCCUCCACCAUCACCUUUGUUUGAUGGAGAAGAGUUGGGGAAAUGGUCAUUUUACAGAGCUUUAAUAGCUGAGUUUAUUGCAACAAUGUUGUUUUUGUACAUCACAGUAUUGACUGUGAUUGGUCAUAAGAGCCAGAAUGCUACUGAUCAAUGUGGUGGUGUUGGUAUUCUUGGUAUUGCUUGGGCUUUUGGUGGCAUGAUCUUUGUCCUUGUUUAUUGUACUGCUGGUAUUUCUGGUGGGCACAUUAACCCAGCGGUAACAUUUGGGUUGUUGUUGGCGAGAAAACUAAGUCUAGUAAGGGCCAUUCUUUACAUGGUGGCUCAAUGCUUAGGAGCCAUUUGUGGUGUUGGGCUGGUUAAAGCCUUCCAAAGCGCAUACUACCACGAGUAUGGAGGUGGUGCCAACACUCUAUCUCAAGGUUACAGCAAGGGAACUGGUUUGGCUGCUGAAAUCAUUGGCACAUUUGUUCUUGUCUACACCGUCUUCUCUGCCACUGACCCUAAACGCAGUGCUAGGGACUCUCACGUUCCUGUGUUGGCACCACUUCCAAUUGGAUUUGCCGUGUUCAUGGUUCACUUGGCUACUAUCCCAGUUACUGGCACCGGUAUCAACCCUGCUAGAAGUUUUGGAGCCGCUGUUAUCUUUAACAGCAAACAAGCCUGGGCUGAUCAGUGGAUUUUCUGGGUCGGACCAAUGAUUGGGGCCGCCAUUGCUGCCAUCUACCACCAGUACAUCUUGAGAGCCGGCUUUGUUAAGGCUCUUGGAUCAUUCAGGAGCUCAUCAAAUAUGUAAUCGUACGUCCAACAUUCUCAUCUCCGAUAUUCCUCAUCAAAAGCAUGGUUUUUGGCUACCACGAGGAUUAUUUGGUGUGUGUUAACUCUUCCAAUAUGCAUCAAGAGAUUAGAGAGGUGUUGAGUUGAGGUAUCCCAAACUUGUAUAUACAUCUUAUUUUCAUUUUGGUGGGGAAGAGUUAAUUCAUUGUUGGUGUGUUUUCACCCUGUGUCAUUUUCUAUUUUACCACUUUUCUCCCUUUGUUGUACUCUCUUCUUUACUUUUAGUAUGAAUAAAUGUUCAAGUUUAUCCUAA